GCUUUUUUUUUAGACGGUAGGUCGAAUUUGUGUAGGACGAUUAUUACGCUUCUUCGUCGUCAACGAGAUUGUAACCAUGACGCAGGAAGGAGGAGGCAUGCGAGGCUUGACGCAUCUCGUCAGCUACACAUCCGAUUCCGAUGAGGAACGAGGAAAAGACGAAGAAGAGGAGGAAGAGCUGAAGAAGGAGCAGGGGGAUGAUGAAGUGAUGGCGAGCAUACCAGAAGAAGAAGAAGCGGUGGAUGGAAAGGAUGAUACCAAGGUGGAAACCAUCCAAGAUGAGGAUGAUGAGAUGGAGAUGGGGACACCCUUGCAGGAAAGCCCAAGUCCAUCUUCGAAUGCCCCAAGCUUGGUGUCCUACGAGAGAUCAGAGACAAAGCCCAAGAAGAUAAAAAAGACCGGUCUGGUGUCGUACGAGGGUGAGGAGGAGGACGGGAGGAGGUCGAAGGAGGCCGGAGAAGAAGGAGAGGAUCUGGACGGGUCGUGGUCGGAGAUGAAACUCUCUCCUGGGGAUGACCUGGAAGACAGGGUCAAAGUUGACAAGGUCAAGCUUGUCGACAGCUCUUAUCUGAGUGCCUCGAUGUCACUGCCAGAAUCAGCCUUGUCACAAAACAUCCGUCGACUGAGUGCAGAUGAAGUCACGUUACCGCCUGAGCCACCGGGCAGGUGCUCUAGACAUCUUCAGGAGAAAAUCAACUCGUAUUACAAGAAAAGCCUGAAUCUGAACCAGAUCAUCCAAAGAAGAAAAGACUUCAGAAAUCCAAGUAUAUAUGAAAAGCUGAUUGACUUUCUUGGUAUAGACGAACUAGGUACCAACUAUCCAAAGGAUAUGUAUGACCCUUACUGUUGGAAAGAAAGCUCUUACUACGAUGCUUUAGCCAAAGCGCAGAGGGAAGAGAUACAGAAGAAGAAAGAGAAAGACAAGAAAGAAAAGACAAAGGUGGAGUUUGUCACAGGGAUGGUGAGGAAAACACAGAUCCAGGCACCGCUGGUCACCAGCACCACCGGUGUAGCGGUACCAUCGACAUCAACAAGCAACCAGGGCACCGGCCAUGAAGAAGAGAAAAAGAGAAAGAGCAAGUGGGAUAACCCUGGGCAAUCCCUUCCUGCUCCGGUUCCUCUGAUGCAACGACCUGUCGUCUACGUCGUCACCACCACCAUAACCACCUCAACGGCCGUCUCGACAUCCACAUCAGCGUCAGGAUCAAAGACAACGGUCAUCUCAUCAAUAGGGGCAAUAAAGAAACAGAAAGUGGAGAAAUAGUAAAAGCUAUUUCACGGAUGACUUGAAUAUAUUCAUCAUGUGGGGAUUUAGCAGAUACUAUAAUGGAUGACUAGAAACAGAUGAUGGUGAAAUACCAAGGACUAUCACAUGGAUGGCAAGUACUAGGUGAAAUAGCAAAGACUAUCACAUGGAUGGCUAGAACCAGGUGAAAUAGCAAAGACUAUCACAUGGAUUGCUCAAAAGAGGUGGUGAAAUAGCAAAGACUAUCACAUGGAUGACUAGAACCAGAUGGUGAAACAGCAAAGACUAUCUCAUGGAUGGCUAGAACCAGGUGGUGAAAUAGCAAAGACUAUCACAUGGAUGACUAGAACCAGAUGGUGAAACAGCAAAGACUAUCUCAUGGAUGGCUAGAACCAGGUGGUGAAAUAGCAAAGACUAUCACGUGGAUGGCUAGAGCUAGGUGGUGAAAUAGCAAAGACUGUCACAUACAUGGAUAGAACCAGCUGGUGAAAUAGAGACUAUCACAUGAGUGACAAGGAAAUAUUCAUUGUGUAGGGAUUUUUAUUAAAUAAUAUUUCAUGGCUUGAGAGAAGCGGGGGGUUGAGAAAUGAUCAAGAAUAAUUUCUUGGGUGAAAGAAAGAGAUGGUGAAAUAGUAAAGACUAACUCAUAUGACUAGGAAUGGUUCAUGAAGUGGGAGUUAAGCAAAGAAAAUGUUCUUAAGUGACAGAAACAUAAGGUUGUGGAAUAGCAAAAAUUAUCUCAUAGAUGUCAAGAAAUGAUCUUGUAGGGAUUUAGCAAAGAAUAUUUCUCUGGGUGAAAGAAAUAGGUGGAGAAAUAGCAAAGAUAAUAUCCGUCAUAAUAAUAAUCUGAACGGGUGAUUGGUCUUAACCCCAUCAUGUGACCAAAGAUAGUUCCAACCAAUGUCACAAAAUUGGCAAAAUGGCAUAAAUCCCCACAUCUGACGUCACACCUCUGGGGCCCGUUGCAGAAAGAGUUGCGUUUAAA